AUAAAUACCUGUUUCACUUUUUUUCAGCGGAGUGAUGUCCGAUCUCCCCUCGCCUCAUACGAUCUUUAUUUGCGAGAACUUACAUGUACCCCCUGUAGGGCCUAUUCUUAUUUUGUAUCGAUCGCGCACACACAGUAAAAUAGCCAUAAUCGGUAGACACAGUUAUGACAGUAUACACAUGGAGGAAUACAUGACAUAGUUCCGUAUUCCAAAUAAGCGAACAAGAAAAACAUGAGAGGCAACUUAGAAAAUGUUGCGUCACUUACUGGCCACUUGGAUCGUGUAUGGCACGUUUCAUGGAACCCUGAUGGUAAACUACUAACAAGCUGCGGUGGUGACAAAACCAUUCGUGUGUGGGGCACCCACUCGAAGUCGAAUGAAGGACAAGGUUCUGACUGGACAUGCAAAGCAGUUCUUCAGGAUGGCCAUUCUCGAACUGUGAGAAGAAUAAGCUGGUCUCCAUGUGGCAGUUUACUGGCAUCUGCAAGUUUUGAUGGCACUACUUGUAUUUGGAGUCAAAAGAAUGCAGAGUUUGAAUGCAUAACUACAUUGGAAGGACAUGAAAAUGAAGUGAAAAGUGUCUGUUGGUCUCCCUCUGGGUCUUUGCUUGCCACUUGCAGUAGAGAUAAGAGUGUUUGGAUUUGGGAAGUUGAUCAUGAGGAUGAUGAUUACCAGUGUGUUGGUGUUCUAAGUGUCCACACCCAAGAUGUGAAGAAUGUAUGUUGGCAUCCACAUAAAGAGGUACUUGCAUCAUGCAGCUAUGACAACACCAUCAAAAUAUUCCAGGAAGAAGAUGAUGACUGGUGCUGUGUUUGUACACUAACUGGUCAUGAAGCAACUGUUUGGGGAAUAAGCUUUGAUAAAACAGGCACACGAUUAGCAUCUUGCAGUGAUGAUAACACAGUGAAGAUAUGGCAAGACUGCAAUCCAGAUGGUCAAGAUGGUGGUUCUUCUAGAAAAACGUCAUGGAAAUGUAUUUGUACAUUGUCUGGUUAUCACACAAGAACCAUCUAUGACAUUGAUUGGUGCAAGCAUAGUGGGCUAUUGGCUACAUGUUCUGGUGACGACACGAUUCAUGUUUUUCAAGAAAACAGCGUGGGUUCCAGUUACAAGCCUGGCUUUAGUUUGAUGGCAUGUGUAACGAAUGCUCAUUCUGAAGACAUCAACUCAAUCAGGUGGAAUCCAAAUGGAGAUGGUUUUUUGGCAUCUUGUGGAGAUGAUGGCUUUGUCAAAGUUUGGAAAUACUCUCAAUGCUGAGACCUUUUCACAUGAUUAAUACCUGUACAUUUACCUAGGUCAUGACUGAUAUGUUGAUAAAGGGAUUUGUGUGGACAGUUGUAUCUUCCCAAGCAACCUUUAGCCAUAGCAUAGGAAAGAAAAGCAGAAUAUUUUCCUUACUGAGAAAGUAGAUGAACCCUGUAAUUCAAAAAAGGUAACCAUCGUACUUGCCAUUUGCAAGUGAUAUUGCAGUAUUAUUGUUCAUGUGGUCUUAGUAUGCAUGCAUUGUUUAAUUAUUUUUAUUAGUGGCUUUCUGCCACAUCAAGAUUAUUUGUUUCUGGUUGGCCCGUAUUAUUUCAUACAACUCUCAAGACCAAAUAAAUAACUGACAAAUUUUCACUGCACAAAAGUGUUUCAAUUUGGAAGAAGAUGAUAGACGGCAAAAGUGGUGUGCAUUUGUGGGUAGUACAGGAACCGGGUACUCUAUUGUGAUAAAACAUGGGUAACCGGGUACCCGUAAAAGAAACCCAACCCCAAAAUGCAAUUUCCACCAGUUGUUUGAAUGGCUUUAAAGCUUUACGGUGUAAAGUGCAACUUCUGCUGAGUGUCAUCUGUAAUUCUUUUUCAUUGUCUAAAGUGUACUAUGUAAUUUGUAUAGUUGGAUACGGGGAACCCGAUCCUAUAAUCUGGAACCGGUUCCUGACAUCAGCAAUCAGGUACUCGGGUGCCCGGUUCAUAUUAACAUCUCUAUCUGAGAGAUGAUAUGAAUUUAUAACUUGUCAAAACUAAAAAUUCGUCUCAAAAUAGAACCUGGAGUUUUGGAUUUUCUGUGUUAGUUGGAUUGUAACACUGAUAUGAUAAUGGGGAAAACAUUUUCUAUGUCAGAUUCCUGAAGCCUUGACUUUGUUUUGAAUUUACACAAAUUCCUUUCAUAUUCAAUAUACAGGUAAAAUAAAAAUGACAGUUUAUUUGAAAGCUACAGUCCAUCAA